UAGGUCCAUUUCAUGCAAUGUUCUUUCACUGUGUACCUUCAGUCUUUUCCUGGAUCUCCUCUCCCUAACAGAAAACCCUUCAAAAUGAAGGUUCUUCAUCUGGAUCCUUCUCUCACGUAUCGUCCAGAACCAGAACAUCAACAGUACAGGAAUUAUAUGGAUGGCCCCCUUGUGGACAGAGUGAAAAUGACCUACACACGUAUGCACACAUACCAAACAGUGGAUUUUGUUAAAGAAAAGCAUGCCUUGUGGGGUUCAUGCAACCACAAGAAGAUGACGGUUAUGGAAGCUCUCAGUUUGCUGGAUAACUUGGUGGAUGAAUCUGACCCUGAUGUGGAUUUUCCAAACUCCUUUCAUGCAUAUCAAACAGCAGAGGGCAUUCGCAUGGCUCAUCCUGACAAAGACUGGUUCCAAUUGGUUGGUUUGUUACACGAUAUUGGGAAGAUUAUGGCCCUGGAUAAUGAGCCACAGUGGGCUGUUGUUGGAGAUACUUUUCCAGUUGGCUGUAAAUUUCAGAAAUCCAUUGUGUAUAGUGAUACAACCUUUAAGGACAAUCCAGACAUAAGGCACCCAGUGUACAGCACUGAGUAUGGGAUCUAUGAGCCUAACUGUGGUUUGGAGAAUGUCCGCAUGUCCUGGGGCCAUGAUGAAUACCUGUAUAGAGUUCUGAAGUUUAACCAAUGUACCAUUCCAGAAGAGGGAAUGUACAUGAUCAGGUUCCAUUCCUUUUACCCCUGGCACACCGGAGGGGACUACCAGCACCUCUGCAAUGAGAAGGACCAAAAGAUGCUGCCUUGGGUUAGAGAGUUCAAUAAGUUUGACCUCUACACAAAGACUGAGGAAAUGCCGGAUGUGGAGAUCCUUCGACCAUAUUACCAAAACAUAAUAGACAAGUACUGCCCUCGGGUGUUGUGCUGGUGAAAUAUAAUGGAGUACCAUCAUAAUUACCUUGUGUCCUUAAUCUCUGAAAUAAUACCCAUUUCUAUUUGCUCAGAGUACAUUACAGAGACCAAGUUGUUGCAUACAAAUGCUUAUUAUAAAAAAACUAUGCAUAUUUUAAUAAAUAAAAAAUAAUAAAACCUUAAAA